GUUUAUUUUUAGUCCAACCUUACAAUGUAAACUCAUGAUCUGGCGCCAAACAAACGAGUGUAGUUCGAGCUGACCAGUGGUCCACAAAUGAUGACAGUAACAAGACUCUGAACACUAGUAAAAUGUCAAAACGAAAAGCAAGCAGUGAUGGAGCGGGAGAAAAGAUCCCACGGAAACGACAUAUUGUUGAAUCUGAUGAUGAUGAAAUGGAUCAGAGCCAAGAUAUGGACCUUACCUGCCGAGCUGACAUUGAAAAAUCCACGGGAGAAGCAGAUAUUGGUAUUGUGGAAAAGAUUAACUUACGGAACUUUAUGUGCCACCAGCGUUUAGAUAUUAGUCUAGGACCACAUGUCAAUUUCAUCAUGGGCCGAAAUGGAAGUGGCAAGAGUGCAAUUAUAACGGCUUUGGUGGUAGGACUUGGUGGGAAAGCAAAUGUCACAAGCAGAGGAAACACUAUCAAGAGCUUCAUUAAAACUGGGAAACAAACAGCAGAGGUUAUGAUUAAAUUGAGGAACCGUGGUCCAGAUGCUUACAAACCGGAAGAGUAUGGCAAUUCAAUCAUAGUGGAACGCAAGUUUGCCAAGGAUGGUGGAAGUCAUUACAGAUUAAAGUCUGAAGACGGUCGACUGAUUUCUCAGAAGCGUGAAGAUUUGACCUACAUUCUUGACCAAUUCAACAUUCAAGUUGACAAUCCAGUAUCGAUCCUCAACCAAGAGACAAGUAAAAACUUCCUCAACUCCAAGAGUCCACAUGAUAAAUACAAGUUUUUCCUUAAGGCCACUCAGCUAGAACAAAUGAAGAUUGACUACUCCAUGGCCAAUGAACAGAAGGAAAUUACCCGGGAUAUCAUAGAAAAGAAAGAACAGUCACUGCCAAUACUGGAAAGGGAAGUUCUUGAAUGGGAACGAAAAUACAAAUCACUGACAGCGAUCAAAGAACUACAGAACAAGAUCAAAGAUCUCAAGGACAGUAUGGCAUGGGCAUUUGUAAUGGAGAAAGAGAGAAACCUCCAACCCCUGACAAAAGAGCUUCAGCAGGAGGAGAGCAGGCUGCCCAAAUUUAAACAGAAAGUGGUUGAGGCCAAGUCUAAAGUUGAUGAGUGCGUCCAGAGACAGAAGGACAUACAAGAGCAGCUGAAGCGGAUGGGUGACCAAGUGCAGGACCUCCAACCAGCAUAUACUGCUGCCAAAGAAGAGGUCUCUGAAAAAAAGAAAGUGGCGAGGAAUACACAGAAUGACCUGAGGAAAGUUGAGAGCUAUUUAAGGAAGGUACAGAAAGACAGACAUCUCCUCCAGGAAAGGAUCAAAGAGAUACAGAAAAGUGCUCAGCGUGAUUAUGAGGCUGAGAGAAAGAUGAGGGAGACAAAUAUAAAACAUAAAGAAGAUGAAGUGGAUGCUUUGAAAGCACAACAAGCUACAACAGAACACCAGCAAGCACAGUACCGUCAAGCCAUCUCCCAAGCUAAACAGCGUGAAUACACACACAAUGCCGAGCAGCAGAAUGUAGAAACAAGAGUGAGACAGGUCAAGAAGGACUUGCAGAAUCUUAGUGAAGCCAAGAAGGACAACAUUCGCAGAUUUGGGCCCUACAUGCCAACACUACUACAGCACAUAGAGGAACGAUGCCGUCGUCAUCAAUUCCAUCGUCGACCAGUGGGGCCAAUAGGCUCCUGUUUCAAGUUGAUGGACAUGGAGUGGGCAUUUGCUGUGGAACGGUGCCUUGGAAAUCUGAUACAUGCAUUUUGUUGUCAUGACCACCACGAUGAAGCAAUUUUGGAAAAGAUAUUUGAUGAUGUUUGUCCUGAGAGACAAAGGCCAUCCAUUAUUGUUUCUGCAUUCAAGGACAGAAAGCAUGAUGUCAAUAAAGGACGUGUGAACGGAACCAACUACAAGGCUGUAGUGGAUGUGCUGGAAAUGAAUGAUCCUGUCACUUAUAACUGUCUUAUAGACCAGAGAGGAGUGGAAUGCAUCCUCCUUAUCAAAGACAACAGGAUUGCUCGUGAUGUCAUGGAUCCUGAUAAAAGGCCAGGGCCACCAAAAAAUUGCAGAGAGGCAUUUACUGCAGACGGAGACCAGUUGUACUGUCACCCAUCCCUCAGGUACUACUCCUCGAGGGGAGGGCGCGCCCGCUUCCUCUCCAUUAAUGUGGAGGAGGAAAUCUCCAGAAACAAAGAGGAGCUGCAGUCUCUAGCCAUAGAGAUAACAACUAUAGAACGGCAGCGAGACAGAUUUAACGAAGAAAUACGUACCAACAAAAUAGAGAACAACAAGACAGAAACUCAGCUGACAAAGAUUGGCCAAAAAAUCAGAUUACUCACCGAUGAAAUCCAAGAUCUGAAAAGUAUUGAGGACCCAGAGCCUGUUGACGUUGAAACUCUGGAAGAAGAAGUACAGACCAUGAACGACCAGAUUCAGAUCCAUGAGGAACAGCGACAGGCAAAGAAUGAAGAGCAUGACAAGGCCAAGCAGGAACUAAACCUUGCUGAAAAAAAGUUCAAGGAAGUGGAACACCAGAUGCGGUCUAUGGCAGAAGGGGCAGACCCUCUAAAGGAUGACUUAGGACAUGCCCAGAAUGAAAUUGAGCAGGCAAAAUCUCACAAAAAGCAUUAUGAGCAAAAGCUGAAGGAACAAGAACAUAAAAUUGCAGACCAAAAGAAAAAAGUUGAGAUACUGCAGAAGGAUAUUGAGAAUGACACAACCAAAGCAGAGCAGAUAUGCCCUCGGAAGGUCAAUAUGCGGAGGACUGUGCAGAACCUGGAGAGUGAAAUCAAUCAUAUCACCAAACGCAUAAAAAUGGAGGAGAAGAGCCAUGGAAACCCCAAUGAGAUUACUAAAACAUACUACGAAAAGAAGGGCUCAUACAAAAAGAUCCGGGAUGAGGUCAAACAAUUCAAAAGGUUUAUGGAUCACUUAGAGAAAGUCAUGGUCCAGCGACAGCAGCAGUACUCUGAGUUCAGACGAUCAAUCGCCUUGAGGGCCAAAUAUUUUUUCAUUAUACUUCUCAGUAAUAGGAAGUAUACUGGAAAAAUGACCUUCAACCACCCUAGGGAGACAUUGGACAUUUCAGUACAGCCCAACACAUCUAAUGGAGAUGGAGCAAAGGACAUGAGGUCUCUGUCUGGUGGAGAGCGAUCAUUCUCCACAGUUUGUUUUAUCCUGGCCCUCUGGGAUGCCAUGGAGUCACCUUUUCGAUGUCUGGAUGAGUUUGAUGUCUUCAUGGACAUGGUGAACCGGCGUAUUUCCAUGGAUCUAAUGCUGAAUGUAGCCAAACAACAGCUUCACCGACAGUUCAUAUUCCUGACUCCACAAAAUAUGGGCGAGUUGGGAAUCAAGGUGAAAGGGUUAAAUGUCUUCCGUAUGCCUGACCCAGACCGAGGACAGGAUGUGCUGCCAUUUGAGCCAUUGUCUAGACAACGGGAGGAGGAUGAGGAAGAUUAAUUGACAACUAAGGAAAGACAAUUCAUCCAUAAUAAAGCAAGGAUAAGGAUGCUUAUUUUACCAAUCUAUGUUGAAAUGGGACAUCACAAAACUACAGGAAAUUGUCAGGAAUAAUUGAAGUAGGUUUAGUUUGGCUUCAAUCUUUCCUGGCAUGGAACACACCACUUUGUAUAUGGAAUUAACUUUUAUCUAUUGUGACAUGGAGAGUCUAGUGCUAACAAAACAAGACAAGUUUACCAUUUAUUUAUUUUUUUAUAUUUGAAUCAGUGGUAUGAAAACAAGAAAUAAUCAUUCAGGUGUUAAAGGGAGUAUUUUAUAAAUGAUCUGUUUAUCCAAAAUUAGUAUUUUAAUAUUACAUUGAUGUAGUAAUCUUCAUGGGAGGGGGGGGGGGGGGGGGGGGGGGGGGAGGAAUCUGUGUUUUCUUUCUACGUUUGUGGUUCACUUGGAGGUUGUCUAUUUGAAGAGGGAUUUCUUUCUAGUCAUGUUUUUUUUUUAUUAUCAAUAGACUUUAAAAUAUUUAUUUUAUGAAGGCACAGUAAAACCUUCACUCAUAAAGUUUGAUUUUCUUUCUCCGGAUUCAGAUAUGUAGUGAAAGUUUUGAUUCAUGUUUUAUUCAUAUUUCUGUUAUGUAUUUGGACAGAGGGGGUAUAUGAUAUUCAUAUGAAUAUCAAAACGCCUUGCAAAAUGGAAACAAUGUAGAUUUUGAUGUUGUAAAGAUAUUUUAAACUUUAUUUUCAUUUAAAAUCAAAUUUCAUUAGUAAAUACUCUACCGCUAGAACCUGCUAUUAUAUAUAAUUUUAAUUUUUAUACUUUUGAAAACAUCAAGAAAUAUACCUGAUCAAGCCACAUUGGUAUGUUAAAAUAGUAAAUAACUAGACAUUAUUGUUAUUUGUUGAAUUUUCAAUAAAAUUACUAAAGAUGAUUUA